AUCUCUAACGGUUAAAGGGUCAACUUCAAUUCAAAAGCUGCGAUCGGUUAAUCCAUUACUCUAUCCCUUAACUUCCUUUCUCCUUCACCCGCCAAAUGAUGUUGGGUCUUUGUCAAUGGAAAUUGCAGUCAAUCUAAGCUUUCACGGACUCUCUUCAACUCCUGAACAAACCCAUUUGGUCAAUGUCUCAAAGGAUUGGAACUCAAUCAUAAAGCAUCAUACCAAGCUUAAGAAUGACCAUGCCAUUCUGUCUACAUAUACCCAGAUGGAAUCUCUUGGCAUUACACCCGAUUCUGCUACAAUGCCUCUUGUUCUAAAGGCUUGUGGGAGGCUCAACGCCAUUGGUAAUGGGGUAAGGAUUCAUUCUUUUAUUAGGGGUUUGGAUUUGAUCAAUGAUGUUCGGGUUGGGACUGCUUUGGUCGAUUUCUAUUGUAAAUGUGGGCUUGUUGCAGAGGCUAGCAAAGUGUUCGUUGAAAUGCCUGAAAGAGAUUUGGUGUCGUGGAAUGCUUUGAUUUCCGGAUAUGUGGGGUGUUUGUGCUAUAAAGAAGCAGUGUUAUUGUUUGUGGAGAUGAAAAAGGCGGGUCUCACACCCAAUUCUCGUACUGUUGUGGCUCUACUUUUGGCAUGUGGUGAGAUGUUGGAGUUGAGAUUAGGACAAGAGAUUCAUGGUUAUUGUUUGAGAAAUGGGUUGUUUGAUAUGGAUGCUUAUGUUGGUACUGCUUUGGUAGGAUUUUAUAUGAGAUUUGAUGCAGUACUUUCACACCGUGUUUUUAGCUUGAUGUUGGUGAGAAAUAUAGUGAGUUGGAAUGCAAUAAUAACCGGAUUUCUUAAUGUUGGAGAUUGCGCAAAAGCUUUGAAGCUUUAUAGUAGUAUGCUGAUAGAAGGUAUAAAGUUUGAUGCUGUUACCAUGUUGGUGGUAAUUCAAGCAUGCGCAGAAUAUGGAUGUCUUCGAUUAGGCAUGCAACUGCACCAGUUGGCUAUCAAGUUCAAUUUGAUUAAUGACUUGUUUAUAUUAAAUGCACUAUUGAAUAUGUAUAGUGAUAAUGGAAGUUUGGAAUCAUCAUGGGCGUUGUUUAAUGCUGUUCCCACCUCUGAUGCUGCUUUAUGGAAUUCCAUGAUAUCUUCUUACAUUGGUUUUGGAUUUCAUGCAGAAGCUAUAGCUUUGUUUAUUAAAAUGCGUUUAGAACGCAUAAAAGAAGAUGUUAGAACCAUUGCGAUUAUGUUAUCUUUAUGCAAUGAUCUAAAUGAUGGUUCAAUAUGGGGCAGAGGCUUACAUGCUCAUGCCAUGAAAAGUGGAAUAGAACUAGAUGCAUAUCUGGGCAAUGCGUUAUUAAGCAUGUAUGUCAAGCACAAUCAAAUAACUGCUGCACAGUAUGUUUUUGAGAAGAUGAGAGGUUUGGAUGUCAUCUCCUGGAACACAAUGAUAUCAGCAUUUGCUCAGAGUAUGUUUCGAGCCAAAGCAUUUGAACUCUUUUUGAUGAUGUGUGAAUCAGAAAUCAAGUUUAAUUCUUACACGAUAGUAUCUCUCCUCGCAUUCUGUAAAGAUGGAAGUGAUUUAGUGUUUGGGAGAUCGAUCCAUGGUUUUGCAAUAAAAAAUGGUCUCGAAAUAAAUACUUCUUUGAACACUUCACUAACUGAAAUGUACAUCAAUUGUGGUGAUGAAAGAGCAGCUACAAAUAUGUUUACUAGAUGUCCUCAAAGAGAUUUAGUCUCAUGGAAUUCCCUAAUUUCAAGUUAUAUAAAGAAUGACAAUGCAGGAAAAGCUCUAUUACUUUUUAACCAUAUGAUUUCUGAGCUGGAGCCGAACUCUGUGACAAUCAUAAAUAUCCUCACAUCUUGUACGCAGCUUGCUCAUCUACCACUAGGACAGUGCUUGCAUGCUUACACAACCAGAAGGGAAGUAUCUCUUGAAAUGGAUGCUUCUCUGGCAAAUGCUUUUAUAACUAUGUAUGCACGAUGCGGUAAAUUGCAAUAUGCAGAAAAGAUUUUUUGCACCCUGCAGACAAGAAGUAUUGUCUCAUGGAAUGCCAUGAUAACAGGAUAUGGCAUGCACGGUCGUGGACGCGAUGCCACUCUAGCAUUUGCACAGAUGUUGGAUGAUGGUUUCAAGCCUAACAAUGUAUCUUUUGCAUCUGUUUUAUCUGCCUGCAGCCAUUCUGGUUUGACCGUGACAGGUUUGCAACUUUUCCAUUCCAUGGUGCGGGAUUUUGGUAUUGCUCCUCAACUUACUCACUAUGGUUGUAUGGUUGAUCUGCUUGGUCGUGGGGGCCAUUUUUCUGAAGCUAUAGCUUUCAUCAACUCAAUGCCCAUUGAACCUGAUGCAUCAAUUUGGAGAGCUUUGCUCAGUUCAUGUCAGAUUAAAAGCAAUAACAAGCUAUUGGAGACCAUCUUUGGAAAGCUUGUUGAAUUAGAACCAAGCAAUCCAGGCAAUUUUAUUUUGCUUUCCAAUAUUUAUGCAGCAGCAGGCCUUUGGUCAGAAGUUGUACAGAUAAGAAAGUGGCUUCGAGAAAGAGGUCUAGGAAAGCCUCCAGGAACUAGCUGGAUUGUAAUUGGCAAUCAGGUUCACCAUUUCACUGCUACUGAUGUAUUACACCCUCAAUCAGAAAGAAUUUACGAAAAUUUGAAUUCUUUGACAUCAUUGAUCCGAGAUUUGGGCUGACAUUAAGGAUUUUUCUGUCAUCCAGCCAGACGUGAUUUUGUGCGUGUUAUGAAAAGAGCUUUUCUUGAAAAAAAUUAAGCCAUUGUUCACUCCUUGCAUUAUGCUCAUGAUUCAAUCCUGCUAUUCAAAACUGAAUUGAGAUGUGCUUUGUGAGAGAAUUGUAAAAUGAAAGGGAUGAAGCCCAGAUCGAUAUUCUCUGUUCUUGUCCGAUAUAUCUUACAAGAGAUCCACUUCUUGCAGCAUUCUUCUUUGUGAUCUGCAGCGGUCUUUUGGUCAAUUGCCUGGUUCCCCCAACUUGAUCUAGAUUCCUCCGAGAACCGAAUCAAAUCCAAGUGCCAAGAACAUUGAUCAUUCAGGAAGCAGGAGAAGAGACAAGUAGUUGAUAACAAUUCAUGCCGUUUGGUAACCAUUUCGUUUAUUUUUUUUUUAAAUUAAA